CCUGAAGGUUAGAGGACACAGAAUGUAAGAUGAGACACCUAGGAAGGUUGAACUCUUUAUACUUGGACUAAAUACAAAAAAUAAACAUCUGUAAGUACAGAAGCAUAUGUAUGCCAUAGGCUACAUGAUUAUUUGAAAUAUCAUAAAAGCAACUUUGCACAAUCUUCAUCAGAAAAGUUUCAACUUGUGCGUCUGACGGCGAUACUAGAAGUACUUCUACAACCCUGACACACUUUAGCGGUCACAAUUCUCACAGGAUUCUGACAGAAAGUGGACUCAUAUUACAUUUGCGUUGUGACCUACAUCACACUGGCAAAUGUUUCUUAACGCUCUCCUUGUGGUCAUUACUGACCUGGCAGCUGGACUACUUGGCAACGCAUCGGUUCGACGCCAUUUUCAUUUGUUGCUGUCAGCGUUGCUUUUGUUUGGGCCCCUCCUGAGUCUAUGGGUCUCCCAAUAUAGUGUCUUUGGAAAGAGGAGUCAUUUUCUUUACAGGGUUUUCCUGCGCUCAGGCUUGGGCUGGACUUGCAUUUUUGUUGGCUCUUUUGUCUUCGUCCUCUCUUUCUCUGUGCGACGUUCACUCACACUUUCACUACGCCACCUUUCUCGGCUAGCCGUGGCAGGUGGACUGUGGCUGGGCUUCCGCAAACUGCUUUGUCUGUUAGAGAACACCACUGGGAGCUGCUACGAGCCCCUCAGCUCUGCUCUCGAGCUGGCAUCAGGAAAUAGCGGAGAUGGUCAACCUUUACUGCUUUUACGUGAAGGUGAAACAAAGGAGGCCUGUGUCCGCUCUGGCAUGUUGUGGCGGGGUUAUGAAGUGUCUGAAGACGCCCUCCUGCUGUGUUUGUGCUGCCUUCUUCUAGCUGAGGAGACCGCUGUGUUUGGGCCCUACCUGAGCCUGGGUGGACCCUCUGGAGCCCCGCUGCGCAUCCUCUUCCUGUUCUGCGUCCUGCUGCUGAGUCUCUGGGUGUUCCUGCUUCUCUGCCUGCUGGCUUACUUCCCGCAGUUUCCUACUCAGCUUCUGGGAGGUGCUCUGGGUUGUUUGAGCUGGAGAGUAUUGUACCAGGGUUGGUAUCGGCUUGGGCCAAGCUGGUACUGCCCUGGAAGGCCAGGGGUGGGACUUUUGUCUACACAGAGCAAACAGGAAGAGACAUAUGAGAUAAAUGGUGAAACAAAUACUAAAGUGAGCAACUAGAGAAGGCUGUGGGACUUGAGUCACCAGUUUCAACUCUGAACUAACGUCUCUGAUAAAAACAAAAACAAUCACACAAGGAGACAAAUGAGACUUCCCAUCAAUUUAUUAGGUUCAUCCUUGACAAUCUCACUUUGUUUUAUUAGAAAAAUACUCACAAAAUUUCUGAAAAGUGUAGGCUUAAAUAAUAAACUUGCACCAACAUUAUGCAAUUUAACAUUAAAUGUUCAUUUCUGAUAAGUCUCCACUUGUGUACUCCUGUACAAGCAAUAAUUGGCAAAAGUGUGUUCUUCAAUUUUAUAUGGGUGUCUCAAUAUGCCGAAAAAUAAAACCCAACCUCUUGACCAAGGCUUCAAACUGCAUAUACCAUCAGUGGCGUUUUAUCAAGACAAGAUCCUUAUUUGGACCACAUAAGAUAAAUACCCAGAGCAUGCUUACAUGAGCAUUCACAGCAAGAAAAAAGUUUAAUAAGGCAAAAGGCAAUGCUUCCGGUUUAAAAUGGCAAUGGUCAAUACUUUCCAUCCCUAAUAAAAUAAAAACAUUCU